CAGCGUUUGGCUCCCACUUUUUGGUGGGGAAAGAAGACUUGAAAAUUUCAAGUUGAAAAUUUCAAGUUGAAAUUCGCACGAGAGAAAGAAAAAUAAAAAAACUUGGAAAUUAAAAUUUGUAAAUCAAGAUUUUCUGACACAGGCCAAAUCAGGAAAAGUCGUCUUACUUAUCUGAACAUGGGUAACUGGCAAUUAGAAGUUUUCAAGCUCGGCUUAUUCGUGUCCUUCCCCGUUGGAAUGUUUUACUUUUACAAUCAAGCCCAAUACUUUGAAGACUGGGUGAUAAAGAUGAAACGGGAACUUUAUCCACCCGACGAUCUCACAUGCAGGCAAGAAUUGCAAGAUUUUAUCAAAGAAAUGAGGCAGAAACAACAGUCGGAAUUGAUCGCGAAAAUGCAGGCUGAAAUGGAUCAAAGUACGAGGCCUUUUAAGAUGGCCUUAUAGAUUUACCAAGAUGUCUGUCUGUCCGUCCG